AACCUCCCGUAGCUAGCUUGCAAAUUGUGUGUCCUAUUGUUCUAUUUAGUUUUAAAAAUUUAAGAACAAAGAAUGGUGAUAGAAAAGCUUUUUUAAAUCGUAUUUUAAAAGUUUAAGAACGAAAAGUGGCGUUGGAAAGGCUUUUAGAGAUUGCAUUUUAAAGAUUUAAGAACAAAAAACGGUGUUAGAAAAGCUUUUUUAGAUAGCAUUCAAGCAGUACUGUAUGCCUCCUUUAUAGAUCCAUCUUUAAUAAAAUACAAGGUUUAAAAGAUGCGGACAGCAACACUGAAUUUUUUAAAAGGUUAAAAACCUACACUGGCUAAAUACAUGGAAUCAUAGUCUCAAUAUUAACUUGAGCAUGCAUAAGUGGUAAUGCCCUAUUGGCAUGCACAUUUGGAGGUAUUAAUGUAAACAAUGUUGCUGGGACUCUCCAUCUAAGCAAUGGCCCCUGCUGGAAAUAAUAGACAGGGUAUAUCCCUCGAUAUUUGUGAGGCUAGGCAUGUAAAAUAUGCACAUCUUAUAACAUUAAUUUCUAAAAAAAGCCCCAACAGAGCAGUGCAAAACGGAAAGGGCAAGGUAAAUACUAAUGUUUUUGUAUAAAUUAAAGAAAUUGUAACUACCAUAGCUAGCUACACAUUAAUAUUUUACCUAAACUAGUUUUGCGUGUAAAUAAUUGUGGAGCUCAUACUAGUAGUUUUUGGAUUAACAACCUUUCAAUCUGAUCUAGAUUUUGUUACAACUCAAAUUCUUCUGUCUCAAAUUUGUCAUUAAUUUUUGGUAAGUUUUUCUUGGUCUGGCCUUCCUCCAUUUUCUAAGCAAUCUUACUAACUUUACAAUUUCUGAUGCUAUAAAUUAGCCUUGUAUGCUCAAUAGUCAAGGCAGUUCUUAGUAGGUUGCCACCUGCACAGAUUUAAGUAGUACUUUCCUUUUUAGUCUAAACAGUUCAUCUCUUCAUCUCUUUCUCUUUCACUAACAGAUUCUGUUAAAAGACUCUACUAAAGUGUAACUACUAUCAAUUCUUUAAAUCUCAAUAAAUCUUCUAGUCCUAAUCUUUUAUUGUUUUUCCUUUUAUUUUAAAAUUAGCUAAGGUUAUUCCUGUCUACAAAAACAAAGGCUCUACUCUUGAUUGUUUCAACUAUUGAUACAUCUUAUCUAUAUCUUACCAACUAUGAAGAUUCUCUCCUGUUGUAUCUUUUACUACUACUACUAGAAUAAUACAAAAAUAGGCCAAACACAGUCACACUGUAAUCCAAAAAUGUAAAAUAAGGGCCGCUAAAUCCCAAAUGGGAAUUCUAUCAAAGUGGUUGUGGGUAUUAUUGAAAUGUUACUCUUUUACAACUUGCAUAUAAUGGGCUAUAAGUCCCAUAUUUUGUAGUGAAUAUAUUUAGCACUUCUAAUAAAUUAAGAAAUUUGGGAUAAAUUUCGAUUAGGAAAUAGCCGCUUAACGGCUACUGAGUACACUAUAUUACAGCCUGACAAUCUAAACUCUUUUUGUUUGUUUUGAACAUUUGGGUCCAACAAUAUGCAUAUAAUUUAUGUUUAUUGUUUAUAAUAUCUUACAUAAAUCAUGUAUACAUAAAUUUUGUUGACAAAAACUUACUUUAUUUUUAGAAUGUAUACAUAAUAAAUGGCUGGAAGGUUGGAGAACCCGCUUUUGAAGAAAAGGGAUGAUUUAUCAUCCAACCUUCUAUUGGGAAGUAAAUUAACGCCCUUAUCAAACCAACAUAAUGUCAAAGGAAGAAUACAAAACCCAAGACUUCAAAGCUCCUAUUUGACAUCAACUAUGAAAAAUCUGGGCACCAAAUCCCUGUCUAGUAUGUCGUCAAUUAAACCCAAUUUAUUUUCAACUUUAAACUUAACACAACCAGUGAGGUCAUUGCAAGGAAUUAGUAAAAAUACCUAUGUCCAGCAUGGAAAAUCACCAUCAAAGCCAAUUGCGGCAACAACAACAAAAACUAUAAAAAACAAAAGAGAAAAAACAAAAACAAAAAAAACAACACUUCAAUUAGAACAUAAAGAUGAUUUGAUAGUGGAAAGUAUAGUCUAUGAUUUAACUUUUGAUGAGAAGAAAAAAAUGGAAGAAGAAUUACUUAACAUGAAGCAAGAUAUUGAACAAAAUCAAGACUUUAUAGAAAAAGUUGAUGUCAUUUCAAUUGCCAAACGUAAAAAAGAGGAAUUAGACCAGUUAAAGACUUCCCUGAUAAACUCUGUUUCUAUUGCUUUGUUAAAAUCACCAAAACUUGAAAACCGCGAUGAUGAUACAAGAAAGACUAUGUUAUUGGACUUAGAUGCAAUGGCAAAGCUAGAUCCAGAGUUUUUACUUAAGUUGGCAUUGUAUACGCGACGAGAAUAUAACAUCAGGACUGUUGCUAAUUUCAUCUUAGCACGAUGUGCUUUUCAUCAGGAAGCACGGCCAUUUAUAAAGAAAUAUUUUUCUGCUUCAAUUGUCCUACCCUCGGAUUGGAUUUCUGUUGCAGAAAUGUACCAGUCCUUUUUUGACAAGAAGCUCAAUUUUGGAUCACUUCCUGCUGCAUUGAGAAAAGCAAUGAUUGCAAAAUUCCCUGAUUUUGAUGAGUACCAACUAGCUAAAUACAAUAAACAGAAGAAAAAUGCUCAACCAACUAUUGUUAAGAUGUCAAAAGAUUGGCGAAGUGCGUCCCCAGACAAGAGUCAAGAUUUUGAUAAUGAUUCUAAAAGAGAUAAUGAUGAUAAUGAUGAUGAUGAUGAUAGUGGUGAUGAUUGUUUGGAAGAUGAAGAAAUUAAUGCUGACAAAGACAGUGAUGAUGAUGAAGAUGACGAAGUUACAUAUGAAUUAAAAGCAUUGACGUUGAAACAGUUAGUUCGUAAGCUACAUAUCAGUCAGCCUGCUUAUCAAGUGAUGGCUUUAAUUGGAAAGAAAUAUCCUGAAACAGCGGAAGCAUUUUAUCGUUCUGGACUUUCAGGAACAUUUGAUGAUCAAAAAGCUGGAAAACGUAUGAAGUUACCUGUUCCUGAAACCUGGGAAACACAAGUCUCUUCAAAAGGAAACAAGUCGUCUACUUGGGAAGCAUUGAUUGAUCACAAAAAGCUACCAUUUAUGGCAAUGUUGCGUAACAUUCGUUCAAUGAUUCGUUGUGGCCUGAAGAGGGCAUAUCAUGAUAAAAUAAUAAAGAGAUUAACAGAUGAGCGUUCAGUUAUCAACAGUAAACAAUUCCCUUUUCGGUUCUUAUCUGCAUAUGAUAUCCUUGACCUAUUGGAACAUGACUUAUUACAUGCAGAUGAGAGGGUAAAAAUUACCUAUAUACCACCUAAUUACAAACUCAGAGGAAGAAAAAAAGUUAAAAGAACACCAUUGAACACCUACAAUAAGGCUAUUCUAGCCAGAUAUAGAAAAGCAUUGGAUACAGCAUUGAAAAUUUCCACCAUACAUAACAUAGCUCCGAUUUCUGGACGAACGAUAAUCAUUUUAAGCUUGUCCAGUUGGGCAGCACGUCGUGACAUUUCAAAUGGCAAGGGUUCGAAAAGAACAAUUCUACAAAUGUCAUCGUUAAUUGCAUUCAUGUGUAAAUAUCACUGCGAAGAUAGCACCAUCAUUCUUCACAAGUCCGAUGGAGACUUAUAUUCUCUUGUGGAAUCUUUUAAUGAGGAAAACAUUUUGCAAAACGUUUCCAUUAUUACAGAUAAAUUCUGGAACCUAGAAGAGGGCAAUGAGGGUGUUAUGAAGAACAUUGAUCACUAUUUUGGGCCAUUCACAGCUGAACGAAAACAGAUCAACACUAUCCUAACUUUUACGGAUGAGUAUAAACGGCAAUAUCUCUCGCAUUUCAAGACAGUUUAUCGAAGUUUUGUGAAUUCUAGAUGUUUAAGUGUAACGGUUGUUCUCUCUAAUAAUAAAGUGCAAAAUACAACAAGUUAUGGAGAAUAUGAUGUCGUUAUCAAAGGAUUUUCUGAUCAAAUUUUACGUUAUAUUGCUGAGCGAGGCAACACCAGUCAAUUAUUAUAUGUUGACAACAUAGACAUCGCAUAUGAGUUAAAAGAGAUUAGGGUAAAUCAACCAUUACCAAAAGUUCAAAAAAUGGCACCAGAGAUAAUUGAGAAGAUUGAGAGACCAGUUAUGCCAUGGAAGACUGUUCGAGUGUUCAUAUCUUCAACAUUUAAAGACAUGCAUGGAGAACGUGAUUUGUUGACUAAAUAUGUCUUUCCAGAAUUGCGUGCGUGGUGUUACAAUUACUGUAUUAAUGUUUACGAAGUAGACUUGAGAUGGGGUGUGACAGAGAAGCAGGCUCAAUCACAAAGUCAACUCGAAAUUUGCCUGAAAGAAGUCAUGAAGUCAGACCUUUUUGUUGGCAUUUUAGGUGCCCGAUAUGGUUGGGCACCACAAACAUAUGAUGUUUCAGAUUCUGCUGGAUUGGAAUUUCUUGAAAGAACUAAGGCUGGAUGUUCAAUAACAGAAUUGGAAAUGAGAGGUUUUGUUGACAAAUAUCAAAACGAGGCUAAUUUAAGAGCAUUUUUUUAUACUCGAAAUAAUGACUUCCUCAGUUCAUCUCAUAAAAUUCCAAUCGAGAUUCGAAGAGAUUUCGUUUGUGAAAGUGAUCGUGCUGAAGCACAAUUGGAAAAAUUGAAGGAUUGGUUGAAGUCUCAAAGUAUGGAAAUCUAUGAAAAUUAUCCAUGUAAAUGGGGUGGCAUACUAAAUGGCCAUGGAAUUGUUUCGGGCCUGGAAAGUUUUGGUCAAAGAGUGUUACUUAACCUGUGGAAUGCAAUUAAAAAACAAUUUCUGUCAUCAAAGGCAUUGACGUCAACCGCAAGCGUCAUUGAAGAAGGAAAAGAUCCACACUACGAUUUUGCUAAAGAAAUCUCGGCCAGGUUCGUUGGGAGAAAAGCUCUGAUUAGUAAAACAUUGACGACAAUUGAUGAAUUAAAAAACAAAUCAAAAGAAAACAUUGUUUUGAUUACUGGCAAAAGUGGAAGUGGAAAGACAGCUUUCAUGAGCAAGCUAGUCACAACCUACUAUGAGAGCAAACCAGAUGUUGAACCAUGCUGCUUCUUCCUUGAUGUCGGUGCAAAGAAACUUUUUAUUCUGUUGUAUAACAUAUGCACAAAGCUCAACAGUAUGUUUGACUUUGGAUUUCCUAUAUCAGAAAGUUACAGGGAGCUGAAGCAAAAAUUUGUUGAACUUUUAAAUGCCAUUUCGAAAAGAUUAAAUCAUGUGCAGUUUGUCCUGUUUGUUGAUGGUUUAAAUCAAUUGCAAGACCAGAAAAUACCCAUUACCGAUUGGAUUCCAGAAGAAUUACCAAAGGGUUUGUGUUUAGUUUUGUCUUGUAUAGACAACACGUUAUGUCGAAAACAAUUGUCUAUCCAUAAACAGUUAGCAGAAAUUAUUAAAGUUGGAGCAUUUGAGGUUACAGCACGAUCUGAGUUGGUUCGAAAAGUUUUGAUGCAACAUGGAAAACAGUUGGAUGAAUCCCCAUUCAAUAAUCAGAUGAAACUUUUGUUGUCAAAGAAGGAUGCAAGCUCACCGUUGUAUCUUAAACUUGCUUGUGAAGAACUGCGUGUGUUUGGUGUGUAUGAAAAACUAAAUGAACAACUUCAGAAAUUAGCUCAGACAGUACCACAACUUGUUGAGUUUACAUUGCAAAGAUUGGAAAUGGAAAACGAUAAGGAACUUGUGGCUGAUGUGUUUUCUCUGUUUUAUCACAGCAGAGAAGGUCUAAACGAAGAUGAGUUGUACGAGACACUUAACAUGCUUCACAGCUUUCGUAUGAUUGAUAUUCCUGAAAUAAAAAGAAUUUCGUCUCGCUGUUUUUUCUCUGCCGAAUACAGACAGCAACAGAUACCAAGAGCUUACUUCCUUAAAAUGUUUCGAGCAAUCAAGAUCUUCCUAACAGAAACCAAUCAGAAAGGCACGUUCCAAUUACGUUUUAAUGAUAUUAUUGCUAUUGUGGAAUCUCGAUACAUCCGACCGGGUGGGCUGGAUUACUCAGCAAAAGUACACACAUGUUUAGCAGGAUACUACCAAAAACAAGCUGAUCCUUACAACAAUAUGGAAUGGAAAGGAAGUGAUCGAAAAGCAUUAGCUGAGCUUCCUUACCACAUGAGUGCUUCUGGCAUUUUGUGGGAUGAUUUAAAGCAAUUAUUGUGCUCACUUAAUUUCAUGCAAGCUAAAGUCAACGAAGAAAUGUGCCUGGAGCUGCUUGAGGAUUUUCAAAUCCAAAAUUUCGUCUUCAAUUCGAAAAAAAUUGAGCAAGAAAAGACAAACAUGAUGACCAGCAUUGAGUUUUUGGACACAAAGGAGUUUAUAUCGGAGAAUAUUCAUGUUCUAUCGAAUUACCCAAUGUUGUUGAUGCAGCAAGCCAUGAAUUCAAAACAGUUGUGUGACAAGAUUGAUAGUGAACGUCAUUUCACUGGAUUUCAAUGGCUAAACCGAGAAUCUAAAACAGGUGACACUGCUAGUAGUAUGACACUGACUGCUCAACAGCCUAUUCUUUGCAUCAGUUUGUCCAAGGAUGAAUCAAUGAUAGCUUGUGGCAUGGCAGAUGGAGAAGUUGUUCUCUUUGACAAAAACACGACAAAGGAACUGAGAUCGUUCCACGGACAUGCGAUUGCAAUCACGUCCUGCAGCUUUGCAGGUACUUCGAAGCUUUGCUCUGCUUCUCAAGAUGGCGUCAUAUCUGUUUGGGAUGUAAACACUGGUCACAGGUUACACGUGUUGAAGAAGCAUAAACGCCAAGUGAGCUGUUGCCAAGCAACUAAAGAUGGUCGACUUCUGUUGUCAACAUCAUGGGACUACACUGCAAAAUUAUGGAACUUAUCAGAUGGUACAAUGGCGGGUGAGUUUACUGGGCACAAUCAUCCUUUUAACUGUGUGGCACUAGAUGUUCCGGAGAAACAUGCUGCACUGGGUAGUUGGAAAGGAAAGAUUCUGAUUUGGAAUAUCUUGGAAAACAAAAAAGUCGAUAUUUACAAAGGUCACGAAGGUUCCAUCAGAGCUCUUGCAUAUUCUCCCUCUGGAAGGCAUUUGGCUUCUGCUACCGUUUUAGGUGAAAUAAUUCUGUGGUCAACACAAAACGCAACAAAGGUUGGACAAAUGUCAUGUCAGUCAUUUCCAAUCAAACAGCUGACUUACACUGCAUCUGGGAUGGAACUAGUGGCUGCAAGCUCAGAUAAAAGUGUUAAGGUAUGGUCCGGAAAUUUUGGAAGUCCAGAAAUGAACUUUAAAUGUGAUUCAAAUGUCGACGUCGAUUUAGCGUUGUCGGUUGUGUCGAACGGAGAAGUCACAGUUAUUGGCUACAACAGCGGGAAGGUUGUGGUGUUGGAUAAAGAUAUGAGUUUGUUGCGCGAUUGGAUGGCUCAUACUUCACCUAUACGUUCUUUAUCGUUCAUUCAAAACGAAGACAAAACUUUUGACUUGCUUACUGCUUCUGAAGAUGGUCUUAUCAAGCGUUGGAAAUUCUGCCGCAAUGAAUCUGUUUUUGUUCUUCAUGGUCACACGGCCGCUGUGAAGUGUGUGCGUGCAAAACAAGCUUAUGUUUUGUCAGCGUCAGAAGAUUUUUCUGUGCGACUGUGGCCAGGUAUUUUGUUUGAAGAGGAGGAAAGUACGUCGAAAGUUGAGGCUGCUGCUGUAUUGCGUGGUCACACUGGCAUUGUUACGUGUUGUGAUUUACCAGAGAGUGAAACUUUUGCCAUAUCCGGAUCAACAGAUAAAACCCUAAUCAUCUGGGAUCUCACAAACAAGUUGAUGCUCUGUAGAAUAUACACGGCACAUGCUGACGGCAUCACGACGUGUUGUUGGUCAGAAUUCGGUAACUAUGUCGUCACUGGCUCGAACGAUUUUCUAAUUAAAGUUUGGGAUACAAAAUAUCUGAUUGCUAACAAGGACGAUGCGAGUAAAUUAAUUGCUAAAAUUACAAUUAGUGGGCAUACAAGCACCAUCUUGGACGUCAAAUACAAGUUUGGUUGUAUCGCUUCUAGUUCAGUGGAUGGCGUUUUAAAAAUCUGGACACACAAGGGCGUUGAAAUAACUACGUUGCAACAACACAAAGAAAGAAUUAACUGUUGUGAAAUCUUUGCAGACUUUGAAGUUGAGAAGAAAGCGAAGGAGAGUGACGGGAAUUGGUUGGAGAAAGAUGACGAGCGUGGUAUCCAGCAGAAGAUUCGAGCGUUCAAACCGAAGAAUCUGUUCGAUGUGUUUGUUUACACAGCAAGCGAUGACGGUACCUUGCAAAGUUGUCGACCUUUUAAGCCACAUCUUAUCAAUGAGUUAUACGGCCAUGCUGACGUUGUCACUGAUGUGGUGGCAGGUGAAACCACGUCGGAAAUCAUCUCGUGUAGUAUGGACCAAUCUGUGAAAAUGUGGAAGUUUACGGCGGCAAAGGAUGACCAAUCUUCGUCAGUUCACUCCGGCGGUGUGACCUGCAUGACAAGUUACAGAGGAAGUGAGACCUUUGUCAGCGGUGGAAGAGAUGGAUAUAUUCACCUUCCCGAUGGUACAAGAUUUCUAGCAUAUAGACACACUGUUUUGAUUGGUGUGAGUUUUUACGACCAAAAUAUGAUUGUGACUUUGGAUCACGUGGGUGAAAUCAAACUCUGGUCCCUCAAAACGCUUACAGUGAAGGCGAAAUUAACGGUAACGGAUGAAAACGUAUCAGCAAUAGCUGUACCUGAGGAGGGAGAGAAAAUGAUUAUCUUGUUCUGCGAAAAAAAUGCCAAAGUGAUCGUUUUUAAAAAGGACGAGUUGCAAGUGAAGAGUGUGUGCGAAUGGCCAGGUGUGGUCAACGUUUACAUCGUUCCUAACAGUCACUAUCUAGCUGUUGCAACAACAACUAUUAGAUGCAUUAUCACUGAUGUCACUGAUGUGAGCGGAGAAUCCCGAAAGUUGGAAGUUUUUGCAGAUUCAUUAGCAGAAGUUGCAACGACAAGUGAUAUUAACUACAUGAUAACUGGUUCUUCAAAAGGAGUGGUCACCCGCUGGGAAAGUAAUGAUGCCGAUCAUGUAAAACGCGCCAGUAAAAAGGUUCAUGAUAAAGACAUAACUGGCUUGUUAGUUUUCGACGGUGCGUCUAAUUCUUGGCUUGUGACUGCUUCUAAAGAUUGCACCCUGAAAGUGUGGCAGUUUCAACAUAAUAAAUUUAAAGAGAUUAAACAGGUUGGUUUGUUUCAUUGCGGCUCACCUGUGACGAAGCUGAUCGGCUACGUGAAAAACCGUCAAAUUCUUUUAUUUGUCGGCGACGAGAAUGGCAAUGUGACAAGACUCGCUUUUCAGAAUGAUUUGUUAGACAUUUAAAAUUUGAAAUUAAGAAGUUAGGAAAUACGUAUAAAAUUGUUCGGUUUUAAGUUCGUUUAGAAUAGCAGGCUUUGAUCGGUAAGAUUUUCAAUAAAAUUUCGAUUGUCUCGAAUAUCUAACUUCCACAGAAGCUCGACAAUUAUACUAUAAAAACUUUGGGAUUUCGUUCGUUUUUAUUUUAAUUUAUUUUUAGCAGAAUGUGGUUUAACUAAACUUGUAUUUUGAUUUUGUCGUUUUUAAAAAUAAUUUUACGCAGUAUUUUAUAAAAAAAAAAUACAAACAACGCCCUCUGGAGAAAGGUUCAAUGCCCUUUAAAAAAUAUCUCAAAAUUAACUUUGGUUGCGGUGUUUUAAAAAGGAAAUUUGUUAUUAUUUUACACUUGCAUUUUAUGUUUUUUUAGUUAUUAUUUGUAAAUUUUUCUUUGCACAUAUUCGUAAAUUUCGCAGAUAA